AUGGUGGGUGAAGUUGCUGAGCUGCCCUGUCAUCUGUCUCCGAAGAUGAGCGCUGAGACCAUGGAGCUGAUGUGGGUGCGAUCCAACCUCAGGCAGGUGGUGCGUGCAUAUGCAGAUGGCAAGGAAGGAACAGAGAUAGCAGAGUAUCGAAGUAGAACGUCGAUUUUAAGAGAGGACAUUGCUCAGGGGAAUGCUGCUCUGCGGAUUCACAAUGUCAGAGCCUCUGACAGUGGAACCUACCAGUGUUAUUUCCAAGAUGCCAAUUUCUUUGCAAAAGCCCAGGUGGAGCUGAAGGUUGCAGGGUGGACGAAAAAGCUGUACCUGGCACGUGACAGGGCUCAGGCCUAUGCUGAGUGGAAGAUGGCCCUUUACCAGCCUGCGGACGUGAUUCUGGAUCCAGACACUGCACACCCCUAACUCCUUAUUUCCAAGGACCAGAGGAGCCUGAACUAUACAGAAGCAAGGCAGAGCCUGCCAGACAACCCCAAGAGAUUUCAAUAUCGUUCCUGUGUGCUGGGCCAUGAGAGCUUCUCAUCAGGCAGACACUUCUGGGAGGUGGAUGUGGGGGACAGGAAACAGUGGCAAUUUGGGGUGUGUAGGGAGAACGUGGAGAGAAAACAUUAUGAUAAAAUAACACCCCAGAAUGGAUUCUGGACAAUAGUACUGUUAGAUGGGCAUGACUUCCACGCUCGAACAGAUCCCUGGACCAAACUUACAAUUGCCAACUCUCCUGAAAGAGUGGGGGUCUUCCUGGACUAUGAGAGGGGGGAGGUCUCGUUCUAUGAUGCCAUCGAUGGAGUCCACAUGUACACCUUCUCACAGGCUUCCUUCUCUGGGCCUCUGUGGCCUGUUUUCAGGGUUUCCUCAGUGGAGGCCACUGCCUUGACCAUUUGCCCAGCUCUAAAAGGAGUGGGGAGUUCCCCUGUGUCUGACCCAGUGCCUGGCCCUUCCCUGGAGACCCAAGUGACCUCAGGCUCAGCUGAUGGCAAUGGGGACCCUCAGGCAGAAGUUCAGUCUUUGCUUUCCCCUGCCUAG